GUCCAUGUCCAGCAGAACACCAAGCUGGCCGACGUUGUGCAGAGGAGGAAAGUCGGAGUGCACAGAGGAGAUCGAAGUUCAAGUUCUGCGGCCGAUGCGGCCGGGAACGUGCGGACACGAGGCCGGGAGCUUCCCCGACGCGGUGGGUCUUUCAAGGGGCAGAAAUACAAGCGUCAGUUCGAAAGAUCGAUACAUCGUUUCGGCAGGUCCACCAGGGUCCUCAUUCCCAAGGCUGCCUUCAAAAAGGCGGUGAGAAGCCUGGGGUUGCUAGGUGGCUUGAAGAUGAAGCCCGACGCGUGGGAGAAGCUCCAGCUGGCCGCAGAGGACGAGGUCGCACGCUUCAUGCGAUGCCUCACCUCGAUCGCUGGCUCGUCGGGUCGUGUGACACCAGACGACAGAGACGUCGAAGCCUUUAGGAGUCUGCAGGCGGAGCAGCAGGCCGAUUGUCAGCUCAACCUCAGACUUCGCGCCAGGACCAGCUCGACGAGCAGUGUCAGAAAGCGGAGGGCUCACGUAACAUGGCAUCGCUGGAGCGACGACGAGGACGAGGUCGACCCCAGGCCGAAGAUCGAGACCAUCAAGGUGCCUGUCAAAGCCAAGAACGAGGAGGCGAAGCUCCCCAUCACAAAUUAUGUGAAGACCGAGCCGAAGCAGACGAAGCUGCUGUUUGCCGUCGUCAAGACCGAGCCGAAACCUUCCGAGAAGCAGGCGGCAGGGUCCCCCAGCAAGAAGCGCAAAAACGGCGACGACGAGGCUGAGCCUGAAUGCCUGUCAAGCACGAGGCAGAAACCUAAGCGUGAGCGCUGA